AAUAUCAGAGGAACUCCGAGAAAUUCCACAACCAAUGUUCUUAUUCAUCGACUGUGAUCCUGAACCGAGGGAGAAAGAAGAGACUCUGCUCUCGCUGGUGAGCGUUGGAGAUGGCGCUCCGGUUGGCUUCCCUAGUGCUCCUCUGUUCUGCGAUCUCAUUACUGGCGAUCGCUUCGGCAGCUCCGGCCAACGCAUCCUUCUCCUUCAACGAGACUUUUGAUGUAAUGUGGGCGGAGGAUCACUUCAAGACGUCUUCUGACGGGCAAAUUUGGUACCUUUAUUUGGACAACAGAAGCGGUUGCGGAUUCCAGACGCGGCAAAGGUACAGAUUCGGGUGGUUCAGCAUGAAGCUGAAGCUCGUCGGUGGUGAUUCUGCGGGCGUCGUCACGGCCUAUUAUAUGUGCUCGGACUUGGGGGCAGCUCCGACGAGAGACGAGCUGGACUUCGAGUUCCUGGGGAACCGAACGGGGCAACCGUACACUCUGCAGACCAACGUGUACAAGGAUGGAGUGGGCGGGAGGGAGAUGAGGCACACCUUGUGGUUCGAUCCCACCGCCGACUUCCAUUCCUACUCCAUUCUCUGGAACACCCACCAGAUCGUGUUUUUUGUAGACAGGGUGCCGAUCCGGGUGCACAAAAACAAUGGCGGAGCGAGCAGCCAUUUCCCCGACGAGAAGCCGAUGUACAUGUUCUCGAGCAUCUGGAACGCCGACGACUGGGCGACCAGGGGAGGGUUGGAGAAGACGGACUGGGGGAACGCGCCGUUCGUGUCGUCGUACAUGGAUUUCCAGGCGGACGGGUGCCGGUGGGAGGAGCCUGGCCCGGCGUGCGCCGCCGCGACCGGUGAGCAGUGGUGGGACCAGUCCGAGGCGUGGGGUCUGACGGAGACUCAGCAGGAGGACUUGGGGUGGGUGGGGCGGAACCUGGUGACAUAUGAUUACUGCAAGGACACGGAGAGGUUCCCCGAGCCGCCGGAAGAGUGCAAUCUGUAGAACGAUAUGGUGAAUGAACUAAUUUGGGAUUUGUUCAUCGAGAGCUGAUUUGAAAUUAUUUACUAAGAAAAGAAAGAAAAUAUGUACGAAAGCAUAUUAAAACUAUAUAGCGGAGAGAUGAUAUAUU